AUGAAUCCAAUAUCACAUCCACUACUCCCUUUGCACUGCAAAAUUUUUGAUGAUUCCAUAGAUGGUUUUCCUCCACAAUUUCAAGAAUUUUCAAACAAAGAUUUUAAGUGCAACCUUUGCUUUGAAAAUUUUGAUUCGGCUUCGUCUCUUAAAAAACAUAUCAAAGAAGAGCUGGAAUUUUGCAAAGAAAUUGAAGGAUUCUUAAAUAUAGAAGAUACAAUACCAGAUACCGCUAAAGAGACAAUAACCUUAAAACUUCAAUUGGAUAACCGCAGAAAAACUGGUGAAACAAUUGGGUGUCCGAAGUGGUAAUAUAUAAAAUAACUUAAAUGAAUUUUUCAUUCAAAAGUAAUAUAAUCAGUUGGGAGUUAAGAAAUAUGUGCAAUGGGUAUAGCUAUUGUAAUUGCCCGAGGAUGGCGCAAGAUAGCGCCAUCCUCGGGCAAUUACUAUAUUUUUUGGUUUUUUUUUACUAUCCACAAUUCAAUUAUUUUAUGCAGAAAAUAAUAUAGAACUCUUAAGGUUUUUUAGUGUCUACCCUAUCCGAAGUGCCAAAAAGUUAUGAAAAGCCGCAAAGGGCUGCAUCAACAUAUAGCAAAGAUUCAUUGCAACCGUAAGAAAAAGUGCCUUUGCGAAGUUUGUGGUAAAAAUUAUAAGAACAAGUAUGCAUUGAUUUUCCAUAUAAGGCAAGUUCAUGAGAAGUCUACCAGAGCUAUCUGUGAGUAUUGCAAAAAAAUAUUGUAUAAUAAAUAUUCGCUAGUUGAUCAUAUAGCGAAGGUUCACCAUUGUAGCGAAAUUAGAGAAAUAAGUUAA